GCUCGUGUGCGGGAUGCAGUGAAGCCCGCUGCGUAAAAGUGUUUUGGUGAUGAUGGUGAUGUGGAGAGGGUGGCGGACAGCGCCAUGAUAUUACCUGAUGUGUGAGCCGGCACCAGCCAGCGCUGCGCUGAGUGUCUGCAGCCCUGGAGAAACCCCCCUCCUCCUCCUCCUCCUCCUCCUCCUCUUCCUCCUCCACCCCCUCCAACUGUAAUAUUUAUGACAAAACGGAGGCAAAUUAUUCUGGUCACGUUUUUGGCUGACAGCCGGCUGUCCCGGAGAGCGCUGGAGUGAAUCCAGCGGUCCAGUGGUGGAGCGACAGCGCAGCGCGGCGCACAGACACCUGCAGUAGGAUGUAAAGGGGGAUUCCCGCUCUAAACUGAAAUCACCCACAGAUCGGGCCGUAAUCGAGACAAGGAGACAAGGAGACAAGGAGACAAGGAGAGACAGAACAUGGUGAGGGGCGGUGGUCACUGUUGCUAUGUAUGAAGGAGAGCUGUCACGUCAAUGGAGACCGAAGGCUAUCGUGACCUCCUGGAGACCAGCGACGGUCAGGGGGUAGACCUGUUGGAUGGAGGGGGUGAGGUGGGAGUGGAGGAGGGCUGGAGCACACCGUACCCACUGGGAUUCCAGGUGUCUUUGACCACCGUGCUGAUGCUGGAGCUGGUGCUGGGCUUCAGCAGCAACCUGACCGUGCUCGUGCUCUACUGCGCUCAGUCCAACCUUGUGGAUUCAGUCAGCAACCUGGUCACGGUCAAUCUCCACGUGCUGGACAUCCUGGUGUGUGUGCUGUGUCUGCCACUGACUGUUGCUGUGAUCCUGCUCCCGGCUAAUGGAAGCGGACUUGGCAGUCUGGCCACUUUGUGCUGCUUUCACGAAGCCUGCGUCACAUUCACCAGUGUGGCAACGGCAGUCAACGUACUGGUGAUCAGUUUGGACCGAUACGACAUCUCGGUGCGUCCGGCCAGUCGCCUGCUGACCCCCCGGCGCGCCGCGCUGCUCCUGGCAGCCGUGUGGGUCGUGUCUCUGGCCGUCUUCUUCUUGCCUUUCAUAGAGGGGGACUUCUUUUCUUCAGCGGCUGAGGACGGUGAGGAUGAGGAGGCAGAAGGGCAAAGUCAUGAGCCCGAGCUCACCACCAGACUGAGUCCUAUUUUUUCCUCCCUUUCGCCCUCUUUAUUACCCCCCAGUCACCCGUCCUCCCCCUCACACCACCUGCCUCCAGUGUGGCAGAACAGGACACUGCUGUGUGUUGGCGGGCAGGGCUAUCACACAGGCAUGGCCAUGUAUUACCAUUUGUUACUGCAGGUUCCCUGCUUCUUCAUAGCUGUGGCCGUCAUGUUGUUCACCUACUCCAAAAUUCUACAGGCUCUCAACAUCCGCAUAGGCUCCCACAUGAUGAGGGGUAAACGUACCAAGGACUCCACCUGCAGGAUACGCUGCAGGAGGCGGAGGAAGAAGGACCUGAGCCUGCCCGUAGAGGCCGUGUCCUCGAACCAGAACCAGAACCUUGCCCAUCCUCCUCUCAUUCCCUCUCCGACACCAACGUCACCCCCACCGAUCUCCUCCAUGCCCCAGGGGAUUUCUGACAGUGGAGCAACAGUCACUACCGUCAGCACCGCUGCCACCACCCCUAUCGCGACCACCCCGGCCACCCCGGCCACCCCGGCAUCCCCAACCCAAGCUUCAGCUUCCGCCUCAGCGCAGACCCAUGCCACCUCACCGCUGCCCGCCUCCUCCAUGGGCGUCCAGGCGUCUGUUUCUGCCAUCAUCGCGUUGAGGCGCGCUGUGCGCAGACACAGGGACCGCAGAGAACGCCAACGCCGCGUCCUGAAAAUGUCCCUCAUCAUCAUCUCCAGCUUCUUGGGGUGCUGGGCCCCUCUGUCCGCGGUCAACAUUCUCAUCCUGUGUCUGGGUCCCAGCGACAGCCUGGUGCGGCUGCGUCUCUGCUUCUUGGCGAUGGCUUACGGCACGACCAUCUUCCAUCCCCUGCUGUACGCUUUCACCAGACAGAAGCUGCGCCGGGCCCUCAAGACACGCGUCAAGAAAAGGGUCGUGUCCCUUCUGCAAGUGGACCCAGCUGUCAGCGGGGGGACAGUUAUUCAUAACUCGUGGGUGGAGGGAGGAGCCCAGAGGAAGAGCCGCAAGCCACGGGUGGAGGCCAGCGAUGGCACUGAUCGAUGCCUCACAGAGGCCGUGAGGGAGUGAUGUGUGUGUGUGUGUGUGUGUGUGUGUGUGUGUGUGUGUGUGUGUGGAUUUAAUGCUGGUGAUGGAUCCUGUGUUGCAGUCAUGACUGUGUGUGAGAGAAAUAAGAGGCAGUUUGUUUACAAAGGUCAGGACAAAUCCCGUGACCCCAGGUCCCAUGCAGAUAUGGAGACAAGUGAGUCCUGAGCUGUAAUUAGAGGCAGCGUCCCUGCACACGUCCUCAUUAGUCCACAUCCUGACUGACAAGGUGGCCACUGUCUCUCCAUGGCUACUGGAAACUACUGGAAACUAGCGCGCACCGCACCCCACGUGUAGAGUUAGGGUUAGAUAACAAGAAACACACACACUCACUCGUGCGUGCACUUUAAUCUUGCAUGUGCAUGUGCUUAUGCACACACACACACACACACACACACACACACACACUGAUCUGUGAAAGCACACCAAUAUCUACCUGCACAAAUACUCUCAGUGAGGAAAAUAAUCAUCAUAAAAAUCAAAGAAUACAAUUCUCUUUAUUUCCCUUUUUUUUUUUCAUGCCUUAAUUGAGUUCUUGAUCUAUUCUCGUGGUGCUGGACGUCGUGCUGUAUGUUUACAACGAUGUAUGAGAUACAGCAAAUGAAUGCAAACGUUCACACACAAAGUUUACAGGCUCAGAAGAAACUGCAUCAGAAAACUGCAAAAAGUAUUAUUCUAAAAAAUGAUUUCAUUUCCAAUCAGCACCAUGUCUUACAAGAAUGUGUUAAAGCUCUAAGGCAUGAUUUUAGUUUUUUAAGCAACAGUCAUGAUGGCAUAGAUGAGGAUAUUUGUACGAUUGUGUUUACAUGUGAGCAUAUAUACACAGUAUAUAUAUGCAUGUGUGCGUUUGUGUGUGAAAGUGUGGGACAAUACAUAAAGAAGAGCGCGUGUCCGUGGUUAUGUGCAAUAAAACGCGAGCAAAGCAAUGGCGGCAACAAGGAUGUGUACAAAGACCAAUGUGAAGCCUGUGGUUCACAGCAGACGGCCACUGGGGCAAAUUGUAACUAUGUGUAUACGACAGGCCACUGUAAUAUUAUACUGAUAUUGUUAUUACUUAAGCUUUCAAGUGAAAAUCAAAGGGCAAUAUUUUGUGACAAACGUCAUCGUAGCUGCUGCAGGUUUAACGAGCAACUCAGACCAUAGGAAUCCAACAAUCACAGACGUGGGACAUGUCCUUGUGUUAGCACUUUGAAAGACUGCAGAGACAGUGUGUGUGUCAGCAUCUGGACUGGAGGUCCUGGACGUGUUCCUCUCUAUAAAUCUGCAUCUGUCUUUCUCCUCAGGGCUUCAUGUCUCAUUUCCAGAUAUGCUGGACGUGAAACACUCACCAGUCCUCAAAGAGCGGUUGUGUUCUGGGUGUUACUGUGUAGGAAAAGAUACGACUCGGUUAGUAGAUUCAACUUUGCACGGGCUCCGGUCUCGGCGAGCUCGCUGGGCGAUGUUGUCCCUCAUCCUUGCCCCUCUUUUACACUUACGAGCCGGAUAAAGACGAUACUUUGUGUGUAUUCAUGUACAUUUUUCAGGGAUGUAAAUAUUGACGUGUCUGUUUUGAGUUUUAGAAUUACAUUUUUGCUUUUGGAUCACAAUCAUCUGCCGGACAGAAAAUCAAACAUUGUGAUAAACUCUGUGUGAGUUGGAAGGUUUGCCGUGAAGAGAAGUUUCAUGUAAGUGUAUUUGUGUUAAACCUGUUUGUGUGUGUGUGUGUGUGUGUACACUGUACUGUACUUUGAUAACCAUGUGUAUAGAGAAGUAUUAGUAUUGUAUAAGAUUUAUAUUAUGUGUUAUUGUAUAGAACAGAACCAAAUCUGUAUUAAAAAUCUUUACGUCUGCUCAUAUAUAAAA